UCCUUCCAAAGACCUUUCUUUUAUCUGAAGCGCACAGCCCAGCAGGCUGCACUGACUUGGUGGAGGCGGCCACGGCAGCUGUGGCAGCGGCGGUGAGGAGGCCUGCUGGGGUGGGGAGGGGCAGGUGUCUCGGGCCCCCCGAGGAGCAGAAGGCCCUGGUGGGCCCCAGUCUCUGGCGCCGGUGCAGGGGAGGUCACUGGCCGCCGCGGAACCACACCAUGUGGGCCCUGGGGGGCCGCCGGUUCUGGUCCCGCUGGGGGCAGGUGGCGACACUGCUGCUGCUGCUCGGGGCGCCCCUGCGAGGCCUGGCCCUGCCACCCGUCCGCUACUCCCACGCUGGCAUCUGCCCCAACGACAUGAACCCCAACCUCUGGGUGGAUGCACAGAGCACCUGCAAGCGGGAGUGUGAGACAGACCAGGAGUGUGAGACUUAUGAGAAGUGCUGCCCUAACGUGUGUGGGACCAAGAGCUGUGUGGCGGCCCGUUACAUGGACAUGCAGGGGAAGAAGGGCCCGGGAGCCAUGCCGAGUCAGGCCACGUGCGACCACUUCAUGUGCCUGCAGCAGGGCUCCGAGUGCGACAUCUGGGACGGCCAGCCCGUGUGCAAGUGCAAAGACCGCUGCGAGAAGGAGCCCAGUUUCACCUGCGCCUCGGAUGGCCUCACCUACUACAACCGCUGCUACAUGGAUGCUGAGGCCUGCUCCAAGGGCACCACGCUGGCCGUCGUCACCUGCCGCUAUCACUUCACCUGGCCCAACACCAGCCCCCCGCCGCCCGAGACCACUGUGCGCCCUACCACGGCCUCCCCGGAGACACCGGGGCUGGACGUGGCGGCCCCGGCCCUGCUCAACCACCCCGUGCACCAGUUGGUCACCGUGGGCGAGACGGUGAGCUUCCUGUGUGACGUCACCGGCCGGCCCCGGCCCGAGAUCACCUGGGAGAAGCAGCUGGAGGACAGGGAGAAUGUGAUCAUGCGGCCCAACCACGUGCGCGGCAACAUGGUGGUCACCAACAUCGCCCAGCUGGUCAUCUACAAUGCCCAGCCCCAGGACGCCGGCAUCUACACCUGCACGGCCCGGAACAGUGCCGGGCUGCUUCGGGCCGACUUCCCGCUGUCCGUGGUGAGGGGCGGUCCGGCGGCAGCCACCCUGGAGAGCGGCCCCAACAGCACAGCUUUCCCUGCGGCUGAGUGCCUCCAGCCCCCCGACAGCGAGGACUGUGGCGAGGAGCAGACCCGCUGGCACUUCGACGCCCAGGCCAACAACUGCCUGACCUUCACCUUCGGCCACUGCCACCGCAACCGCAACCACUUUGAGACCUAUGAGGCCUGCAUGCUGACCUGCAUGAGUGGGCCGCUGGCCGUGUGCAACCUGCCAGCCCUGCAGGGGCCCUGCAAAGCCUACGCGCCUCGCUGGGCCUACAACAGCCGGCUGGGCCAGUGCCAGUCCUUUGUCUACGGUGGCUGCGAGGGCAAUGGCAACAACUUUGAGAGCCGUGAGGCCUGUGAGGAGUCCUGUCCCUUCCCUCGGGGGAACCAGCGCUGCCGGGCCUGCAAGCCGCGGCAGAAGCUGGUCACCAGCUUCUGUCGGAGUGACUUUGUCAUCUUGGGCCGUGUCUCUGAGCUGACCGAGGAGCCUGACUCGGGCCGUGCCCUGGUGACGGUGGAUGAGGUCCUAAAGGACGAGAAGAUGGGCCUCAAGUUCCUGGGCCGGGAGCCACUGGAGGUCACCCUGGUCCACGUGGACUGGGCCUGCCCCUGCCCCAAUGUGACGGUGGGCGAGACGCAGCUCAUCAUCAUGGGCGAGGUGGACGGCGGCAUGGCCAUGCUGCGGCCUGACAGCUUUGUGGGUGCCUCGAGUGCCCGGCGGGUCAGGAAGCUGCGUGAGGUCGUGCACAAGAAGACCUGUGACGUCCUCAAGGAGUUCCUGGGUGUGUCCUGAAGCCCCCCACCCCACCCUGGCCCCCACCCUGGCCCUCUUCUUCCUACCCACCCCCAGUGCCCCUCAGUCAGUCAACUGGGCAAGGUCAGAUUAGACAGUCUUGGGCCAUCAGAGGGUCUCGGAUCAAUGGCUGUUCUUUGGGUUUUAAGGGGUCCAUAUCUUUCUUAGCUGAGGUGGCCAAAAGGAGAAGUCUGUAGAUAUGUCAAGUGAUUCCUGAUGACAGGUUCCUCCCUUUGCUGCCCGCUCCUCCCCCUUGGCACCCCCAGGCAGGAUUCUAGAGAUGGCGGCCGUGUGGAGGCUGUGGGGAUAGUGGAAUGAGUUGGGUUGCAAUGGGAGUCGGUGGAGGGAGAAAGGAAGGCCCAGGAACUCAUGUGGACAGAUCAAUCCACUUCAUGUUGAGGGUGGUGGGCAGAGGGGAGCAGGAGGCCUAGCGGGGGCCGAGUGGAGGCUGCUGGGCCAGGGGCCUGGGGUCAAGGGCCGCCGGCGCUUUGGUCAGGUUGGCCCCGCAGGACCUGAGGCUGCCGCGGCACCAGCAGAAGACACAUUUCUUCUCCUUGGCUGUGUUGGUUCAGCGACACAGGGCCAUUUAUUUACGCUCAGUGGACAUUUUCUGAACACUUCCUGAGUGCCAGGUGCUGGGGCCACGGAGAUGUCCAGGUCCCAGGGACCCCAGAAGCAGACCCACAGCUGGCCCCCCUGUUGGAAAGGAGGUGGGCUUCCGUAUGCCCCAGCUUCCUUGGACAGAAAAGCAGAUGAAAAGCCCCAGGAUCCGUUUUGUAGGAAGGCAAAGGAAUAAGCAAGAAGAGAGGGAGGAGGAGGCAGGCCUGGGAGGAAAGGUCUGUUGCUCGAUGCUGCCAUCUGGCGGUGGCCGUGGGCAGGGAUCCGGAGGGAGGCUCCUGGCGAGGCCAGGAGGCAGGUCCCCAGCCGUGGCAGGUCGUAGGUGAUUUUUUGUGUUUCCAGACUCCCUAUGUGGGCCCGGUCAUGCACCCCUAGAUGGAGGAUUUGAGGAACCCACUGUCAGCGCUGCAUCUGCCCCAACUCUGCUCCUCAGCCCUUCAUUCUGCCCAAGCCCCCCCACAGCUGAAGAAGGUCACUGUGGGGUAUCCUCGAUUCUUCCUCAAAUGUAGGGAGGAAGAUACCAAU